CCUGACAAAGCGCCGUGCUGGCUUCAGUUGAGUUGACUUGCUGUUCUUCUUUCAAAUUGUCUUCCAGUUGCCUUCUUGUCCAAGCCGGAAGGUCUGGUGACUCCAAAGAAAGAAGGGAAUGGGAUGAAAAGGAGGAAGGGCAAAGGCAAGGGAAAGAAGAGAGACCCAUGCCUGCGGAAGUACAAGGACUUCUGUAUUCAUGGAGAAUGCAGAUACCUGCGGGAGCUGAGAGCGCCGAGCUGCAUCUGCCAGCCAGGGUACCACGGCGAGAGAUGCCACGGCCUCACGCUCCCGGUGGAAAACCCCUCCACCGGUUACGACCACACCACGGCCUUGGCCGUCGUCGCGGUGGUGCUGUCGUCCCUGUGUCUCCUCCUCAUCGCCCUGCUGCUGCUGCUCAGGUGUCACAAACGAGGGGUUUACGAUGUGGAAAACGAAGAGAAAAUUAAGUUGGGCCUCACUGGAAACCACUGACGGCUUUGGGGGCCUGCAAGGUAAGCCUGGCGCGGGUGCUGUGGCACGCCGGGGCUGCCUGCGCGAGGCUGCCUGUGGCCCUGCUGGGCAGCAAAGGCGCAGGGAGUGGGCCUGGAUCCCCGUGUGGCAGAGCGGCUGGAGAACCCACCAGCCCAGUCCCAGUGUCUCUUGCAGCCUCGUGUCCUCCUAGGACUGAGCCCAAACCCCACUUCUCUGGCUCAGCCCCCAGCCCCCUCUGGCUGCUGCUCCUCUAUGCGUCCCCCUUCCUCUGCUCUGCCCCCCAAGCCUCCUGUCUCCCUGGCUCCCCCCUCUGGUCCUGGCCUCCCCUCGCCAUAACUGGGAGCUGUUUUUUACUGUUCCUCCCUGUCCCUCGGGGAUUCCCCUUCCUCCGCCCCACUGAGUCAUCCCCCUUCUUCAGCUCUUGCCUUAGAAAAUCCCUCCCUUCUGCCCUGACUACUCAGGCCCCGGCGUGUGUGGCCCACGGGGCCUGCUCUGCGACCGCAAUUGCGGCUGCGCCCGCCCCAGGGGGACUGCGCGUUGGCGGGGGAGGGGAAAUGCCCCUCGGUUGGUCUGGAC